AUGGUAAAAUAAUUAAAUAGGCAUCAUUAUAUUUUUUUUAAUAAUAUUUGUUUAACAUUGUACCGUUUUUCCCGUUUUUUCCGGUUUUUAACAUUUUCUAGGAAAAUUCUUGGAAAAAGCGAAAAAUUACCACCCUAAAGCUCUGUCUCAGUAAGAUUUCUUUUCAGAAAAAGUGCUAUCAUUGUAAAUCAGAACAAAAUUUCUGGUCGAAAAGUUGUCCACAGAAAAAAAUGUAUAAUAUUUGACUAAUAAUUAUACUAAGUAUAUUUACUUCGUACAUUUUCUCGUUUUUUUUUCAGUUUUUCGUAUUUGAUGAGAAAACUUCUGAGAAAAUCAAAAUAUUACCUCCAUAAAGUACCACCCUUGGAAAAUUUCAUUUCAGAUGAUUAUUUUUUAUUAAAUAAGUAGUUAAUUAUUACUACUACUAAAUAUGAUAAACGUUAUUUGAUGAGUAAAAAAUAUAUUUUCUUGUUUAUGUAUAAGGGGCUCCCACAAUGCAUUCCACCCAGGAGCCACCACCACAUACCUAAAUCCGCCUCUGAGACUGGUCAUACUGAUUGAGUAGUUGGAAUUAGGAAGAUGGUAGUCACAAUUUUCGGGUGGCAGCAUAAUAGAAUUCCAAUAUGUUUAUGGGCGGCACAUGUCGAGCGUGUUAAUUCUUAUCAGUGUGACAGUAUUCGAGCCCUGUCUAAAUGGCUUAAAUAGGUAUUAUUAUUAUUACUCUGAGUUAGAUCCAUAGUCAUUUACAUCUCCAUGGGUCAGUUAGUUCCUUUGUCAAAGUGUCAACUAAAUCCCAUGGCUAAUCUAAAUUUUUGUGAAUGACCACCUAGAUCCCUAAGAUCUAAAUGACAUAAAAAAUGAUCUAAUAUCUAAAUGGUAGAUAAUCUAAAUGAAUAGGUACCUACUAAAUUAUCAUUUUCGGGUUGUCAUAAUUUUUUUCAACAAUUUGUAUAAGAAACCUACAUUAAUUUUCAUUACGAUAAAAUCUGCAGUAAUGCAGUAUUAUUUUUAUUACGUUCUAUUGAUAGACAUUAUUAUUAGAUACCGUCAAUGGUAACAUAGAUUAAGUAAUAGGGACUAUUCAAAAUAGUAUUAUUUAAUUUAUGAUGAUCAGAAGAAGACGCAUGUGCAGUAACGACACACUCUCUUAAAACGUUAUCCACACGACUAUUACACAUAAAAUAUAGUAUAGUAGAUAUAGUUGCUCCAUCUAUUGUACAGGUAUUAUAAUAUGGUCUAAGCCCCAUAGUCAUUUAGAUUUUUAAUCAUUUAGAUCAUUUGUGUAUCAUUUAGAUCUUAGGGAUCUAAUCUAUAUAUCUAUCUAUAUAGGUAUGUCUUAGGGAUAGGUGUUUAGUAAUCUAGGACCUAGGUGGCUGUUCACAAAAAUAUAAUUGACCAUGAAGAUCAAGUGUCCCCCUACCUCUAUUUAACUAUGGGGAUCUAGGCCAUUUAGAUCUCUUUAAAAACUAGAUCUCCGUAGUCAUUUAGAUUUUGCAGGGGAUCUAGGUGGCCGUUCAUGAAUACCCAAGGGGAUUUAAUUGACACCGUGAAUAUUGUUGUACAGAUUUCGAAAUCUAAACUAUUUUUGCAAUUUAAAAUAAUACGUAUUCAUGCGUAAGAGUCCAUAUUAAAUACCUACCUAUGUAGUGAGCAAUGAUAAUAGCAAAGUUCGGCAAGCCACAUUAAAAAAAAUAUGUUUGUUUUUAUUUAAUGAAUCGUAUAAUCGUACACCUAAAUGACUAUAUUGGCUAUACAUGGCCUAAUAAUACAUAUUAAUAAUUUAAACGCCGACGAUUUCAAAUAUACUGGUAAGUUUCACUUUCUCAUGGCGGCCAGCAGCUGACAAGGACGGCUGAUUAAAAACUAAACAGCACGAGUAUAUUUUUUCUUCUACCUAUAGGUAUACAUGCGUCCUACGUGACCGUGCUACUUGUCGAUGAACCGUGUGAUAGACGUUGCGAUGCCGGACAGAGUCAUGAUAGCAGCAAGGUGAUUAAUAAUAAUUGUUAUUUGUUUUUUCGUCCAUUUACAUAGCUUGUGACCGCCUAUAAAAUAUACGAUAUAAGUACAAUACCUGUACAUGUGUAAUAUGCACGCGAAAUAACACUAAUUAACUGUACCAACAAUGAUUCACUGACAGCAAGUGACAAGUGCAAUAUUCUCAGUGUCAGUAUCGUGUGACGAACAGUUUUGUAUUUAAAUAACACCCGAACUAACUACCUAACUGGUAUAUUAUUAAUAUAUAUUAUAAUACCGUCGACCGUCGAAAUCCCUCCCAACAUCCAAUAAUAUAGCUGCUCGGCAGUGGUAAAAGAAAAAACUAUCUUAAUGGAUAGUUAACGUUCAGAUACCUAAUAACAUAAUAUAUUAUGGAUUUUGUACAUUAUUAUUUUGUGGUACGAUUUAUACGAUUGAGUUUACAUGUGUAUUCAGGUGUAUUAAUAUUACAUGGUAUAGAGGUUGGGCUACAUAGGUCAUACGCUAUGGUAUAGUUUCUAUACUAUAUAUAUAUAUAUAUAUAAAUAUAUAGGUACCUACCUACAAUACGCGAGCAUCGGAAACCUUUAUUUACAUUGUCGGUCCAACGACCCCGACACUCAAGUAUGUAGGUAACCGUUAGCUAUUGUAAUAUUCGUAGUGUUUAAUGCGAGAAUAAUAAUAUCGUGAACGGACGUCUGUAUACAAUUGCGGUAACUUUCAGAUGGAAAACUAUAUUAUUAUAUGAGCUGGUAAAAUCAACAUUUACGAAUUCCGGGAACUAUUGACCGACAUUCAAUUUUGCGGCGUUUGGUAUGAUAUUAACGAAACAAAAUAAUUUCAAGUUAUAAUUAAAACUAUAAAAAUAACUGAAACUGGGGAGGAACGGGUGCAGCCACUGUUGUAGAUUGGAAGUUAGAAAGGUAGAAAAUAAAGUUAUAUAAUCAUUUAGUUUAUAUCUGUACGCGACGUUUUACCGGGUUUCCCAAUUAUUUUGAAAACUCCUUAGAAAAUCAAAAAAUUAUCUUUUUAAUGCGCCAACUAGAGAAAAUUUUCUUUCAGGUAAGGUACUAUACUCUAUAAAUAAAUCGAAGCUAGAUUUCUAGUAGGAAAAUAGUUUACAGACAGAAAAAACAUUUAAAAAUUACAUAACUAAUAGACUAUACUAAAUAUAUAUAUAUAUAUAUAUAUUACUAAAAUACUAUAAAUACUAUAUAGAACUUAAAUUAAAAUACUAAGUACUUAACUAAAUAUACUGUUUGUAUAUUUUCUGAUAAAAAAAUAAAAAAAAGGUAAGAUAAUGGGGACAGGUGCAGCCACUGGUGUAGGUGGGAAGUUAGGAAAGUAGUAUAGACGAUAGUGAAGCGAACACAUAUGAGGAGAGUCCUCAUAGGCAGGAUAGGGAGUUAGAAGCGAAAAGAAAAUUACCUGAGGCUAGCGAAGAUAAAAGUUUAAUUGCUUCAUAUUCAGCAGUGCAUGAGGAAGCAGGAGGAAGAUUGCUAAAUAGUGAGAUGUGUAGAUUUGGAGUAAUGAAAAAAAUAUAAUAUCCAACUGAGUGAGGAGAGGCUGAGUCAUUAUUGAAAAUUAAGGUAAAAGAAGAGACAUUUGUAUGAAUGUACUCAAGAAAGAGAUUAUUAACAAUAAUACAAAAUUAAUAAAUUAUUAUAAUAUAUUUAUUUACGAGUAUUAACCAUUUAAUAAUUUUGUUUUUACUUUAUUAUUUUAUUAAAUCGUAAUUAUAUUAAUAUUAAUAUGUUUUAAAUAGGUACACCUUUGUAUAAAAUUGUAUUUUGUAUUCUUCAUAGCUAAUUUACCGACUCAGACGACAGUUGCUGAAGCCUUACUGA